AUGAUCGAGCCCCAGGUGUGCUUUCGCAGCAAGGCGAGGCCUGUCAAGAUCAGCAGCGGAGGCAAUUUCACAUUGCUGCUGCUAGAAGAUGGGUCUCUGUAUAUGGCUGGAAAAUUACCGUUGGUGGUGGACUCGGAGUCCGUCGCUUUAGAUCCUGUGAAUCAAUUUUGGAUCCAGGUUCCUGGCCAGUUCACGGACGUGGCAUGUGGAUGGGCACAUGUAGCGGCGAUAACUCAAAGUGGAGUAGUUGUUACUGGCGGAAUAGGCGAAAAGGGAGAGCUGGGGCAAUCUCAGACAAAAUGUUCAACAGAACUCCGGCCAAUACGGGUGCUUGAAAACCGCCAAGGAGCGCAGGUAUUCGCAUGUUUCUACAACACGUACGUUCUGGAUAAUGACGUGCUGUAUGGAUGCGGCUCCAACAACAAGAGCCAGCUCAAAGAUCCCAAAUCACGGGUUAUUGAGACGCUGGAGCGUGUCAGUGACGACCCCGUUACUCGAGUGUGCGCAGGCAAGAAUUUCGUGUGUUACGAAGAUGCGUGCAGCCGACUUCACGCGAGAGGGCCAAUGGUGCAAUACGAAUCACAGCUACAGGAGCAUGCUGACCAAAAUUCGAGUUUUGAGCUUAAGGCUAUGUGGACUUCUGUCACCAGCUUCAGCGGCCAGAUGUUCCACUUCUACGCGCCCGCAAACCAGAAGCAAGAUGCGAUUGUCAAUUAUCGUUUUCCCAAGCCUGUGACAGCGUGGAAUACCGGCAGCGAGCAUGGCAUUGCGUGCGUCGAUGGUAAAAUGGUUUUUUGCUGGGGCUGGGGCGAACACGGGAACUGUGGCCGUAUUGCGACGUCUCGCGUAGCGAAUGGUGUGAAUGAUAUGUCGAACAUCAACAGCGAUGUAAACCUGGCGUAUGAUGCCAGCUCCAGGCCAAACGCAACGGUGUACGCGUGUUUUGGAGGAUGUGCGACCUCGUGGGUUUGCAUAGCUCACAAAGAUUUUCAAGAGGAUGUCUAA